AUGGCUUUCAUUUUACAGAUGAGGAAAUGCAAACUCAAAAGCGCCCGCGCCAACCCCAACCCCGGGGCUGAAUCCGGGAGGGGCGGCGGGGCCACCCUGAGACUCGGAGACGGGCUGCAGGACCGAGCCGCGGGCGCCGGGGGCCGGGAAGCCGCCGCAGUGCGGACCAUAGGUGGCGCCACGAGGCUGCAGUUGGGCCUCCCCGGCGGCUCCCGCGGCCGCGCGUCUCGGCCGUUCUCGGUCCCGCGUGGCCGUCCCCGCCGCCAUCGGCCCGUCGGUCCGCGGAGACCCCCGUAUGUGUUUGGGGCGCUAGGGGUCGCACCCCCGCCGGCGGAGGCCAAGGCCAAGGCCCAGACGGACGCGCAGGCAGGGGACAGGCGGACCUUCGAGCGGCCGGAUCCCCCACCUCAUACACUGUCCCCGCAGCUGCCACCCAGGCCUGGGCGACGGAGGUUCCGGAGACGCGGGCCCUACACCCUCGGGCUUUCCUGGGCCUGCGGGGUGGAUGGACGGGCUCUCUGCAGCGGCUGUGCUCUGGUGGGGGGGCGUGGGGAGGGUCCUGGUGGCUGUGCGACAGCGAGUGGAGUCCACCCGUGUGGGCAUCCUCUUGAGUAUACGCUGGGCCCAAAGAAAACUUUUGAUCUCCCAGAGAAGGCCUGGAGGCGAAGCCCCGAAGGCAGCAAGCCCUGUGCCCACUACUGAGGACAGCAAAGGAGGCAUGAUCCAGGCCUGGCCAAUCAGAGUGCCCCAUCCUGGUGCUGUGGUUGGUUCAGAGAUGGGCAUGUGACCCCCUUGGCCAGAAGCUUUUCUGCUGGAACGGCUUUGGAACCUUCACUACCGCGUUCUUUCUUUGGCUUUUGAGCCAUAAAUCCCUUAUCGACCUUAGCUGGUUUGCAUUUUCACUGUUCUGCGAUUGGGAGAGCCCUGAGCAGAUCAGAAAUAAUAAAGUACUUCCUGUGCGGCAGGUUCAUUGA